AGGGGGCGGGCGCAGCGGGGGGUGUCGCAAUCGCCGCUCGCCCGCAGCCGCGCGUGAAAGAAAGAGGCUCGGGCCCGGCCCGGCCCCUCCCGCCGCCUCCGCUCGCCCCGCCACAGGGGAAUUUGUAGAGGUCUGAAGGAAAUGUUCUGAGGAGAGGCUGAGAAAACUGGGUUUGUUCAGCCAUGAGAAAAGAAGGCUUUGGGGAGACCUUAUUACAACAUUCCAAUACAUAAAGGAUGGCUACCAAGAAGAUGGAGACUCCCUAUUUAAAAGGAGUCACAUGGAAAAGACAAGGGGUCACGGGCACAAGUUCCUUCUAGGGAGAUUCUGAUUGGACACGAGGUUCACCUUGCCCUUAAUCCAUGUGAAGACCUGGAGACGCCUUGUAGAAGCAAGUUUUCAGUCUCUUAAUAAAUUCUGUUGUGUCCAAGAAGAGCCUGUCCAAAUGAGCAAGACAUCCCAACAGAACACCACGACAGAUGCCAACGGAGUAAGCGUGAUUCACACCCAAGCACACACCAGUGGUUUGCAGCAGGUUCCCCAGCUGGUGCCCAUUAGUCCUGGUGGUGGAGGCAAAGCUGUGCCUCCGAGCAAACAAGGAAAGAAAAAUUCCUUUGUGGAUAGAAACAGCGAUGAGUAUCGUCAGCGCAGAGAGCGCAACAACAUGGCAGUGAAAAAGAGCCGGUUAAAAAGCAAACAGAAAGCACAAGACACGCUGCAAAGAGUCAACCAGCUGAAAGAAGAAAAUGAACGUUUAGAGGCAAAAAUUAAGCUCCUGACCAAGGAGCUGAGUGUACUGAAAGACUUGUUCCUCGAGCACGCACACAAUCUUGCAGACAAUGUGCAACCUGUUGGCACUGAAACCACCACAACAAAUCCAGAAAACAAUGGACAGUAGACACCGUUGCAACCUUAUGAAAUGAACGCUCGAGGUGCAGCUUGUCUGCAACACCCAUGCAGUCACCAACCAAAAACUCUGCUCUCUUAACCAUCAUUUUGUGGAGAUUUUCUUCUUUUUAGGUUUAACACUGAAGAUUUGUUAAAAUUAAACCAGAAACUGCUUAAGGUAUUUGUUCUAAAUAUUUUUCGCCUCUAAAAGAUUUAUCUAAUAAAUGCAGAUCUAAAGUCAUAGUCAACAAGGAACUUAGUAUUAGGAAAGUAGCAUUUUCACAGAAAUGUUCACUUACCACCUUCUAGCUUACAAAAUGAGAGGAAUACAGCAGGAUGGUUCACUGUAAUAUCAAACUAAUAAUUGGAUAAAAUGUCUUUUAAAUACCUUUCAAUGUAUUUAAGCCCUUUGUUUUCUCCAUCACAUAUUACAAAACUGCUAAGGCUGUGAAGGGUGUUAGCUUUCCUGUUUGGUGGACUAUAAAUCUGUAGAGCAAGUCCUAUAAAGUACCACUUAGGUCUUUCCUGUCCAGUUAUAGUUAAUGGGGAGGGCAUAGAAGUAGUGAGCUAGGAUGCUUACUGCUGUUUUCUAGAAAAAUAGCAAAAGGCUAUGAUGAUAUAUACAGGCAAUUGGCUUCCAAAUGGCAAAUGAGUCUGAAGCAUCAUGUACAAGAGAUAAAGCAGCACACUGACAACGCCUUUAAAGCCUGUGUUCACAUUGCGCACAUAGUGGCUGGAGCCUAGGAGAACAAGAUUUUGGUUUUCAGAAAAUGUCAGAAUGCUACCAAAAACGUGUGCUCUGCAAAAUUGCAUUCCUGAUGGGGUGCAGGUAUCACUGCUCAUUGACAUUAAUCUCCAUUUUCAUGGCUGUUCAGAUUUGCAACCAAGGUCUUACAUAAGUUCACAAUAACUUUUAAAGUAAAUGGCCCCAGUUUGAAAUGCUGUUCAGUGGAAUUUCUAUAGUCAUCAUACAGUGGUGUGAAGGAGUUUUUUGGGUCUUGUUUUAUUUUCAUAGCAGUUUUUCUAUAGCAACUUUUUUAAUGCUAGUGCUAAGUCUUUGCCAUGAUCCAUAAAGCAGUGGUAUGUAGUAUAUUGAGGAUUUAAACAAUAAAACUAAAGCAGGAACUUUGAUGUAACCUUAAUUUAUUUUCAUUUUUUAAUAUUUCACUGACGUUAUGGUUGUGUUACAUUUAACCUGUGUGUCUGGCUAGUGGAUUAUUACACUGUCUUAAUUUCCCUCCUACAUUACCUUUAUUCAUAGAUUAUUUUGUAGGAUGCUUGUUUGCCUUGUAUCUGUACUUAGGAAGAGAAUUUGGAUAUUAUCUCUAUGAAGAUGUUGUUAGAAAAUGAAACCGUAAAAAGUUCUUUUUGAAUUUAAAUUUUUAAUACAUGUGGAAAACUUUUAUGGAUUGUUUUGGAUUAUGGCAGUCUUUUUACAAAGAUAUGGGGUUUUUUUGAUUCUAGCUGCAGCUUAAGUAGGUAGGGUUGAAAUACCAGAAGCUAAUAAAAAAACUUUUGCUUCUAA